AUGGCUUCUACUACAGCAACAUUUCCCCGCAUCAAAGAGAUUCGCACAUUCCUCAUCGACGGAGUUGGAUCCGGCGGUGAUUAUCACAAUGUCAAAGGCGGCCACUGGCUGAUCGAUAGUGACAUCUCUACCCCCAUGACGCGAUGGGCACAAUAUCGAGGAUCACGAACAUCGUGGGGUAUCAAUGUUCUGGGAUCUUUCUGCGUGGAAAUUGAAGCAACCGAUGGAACCAAGGGCUUUGCAACCGGAUUUGGUGGCCCUCCUGCUUGCUGGCUCGCACACCAACACUUUGAACGUUUCCUGAUUGGCGCAGACCCUCGUGACGUCAACGAGCUCUUCGAGAAGAUGUACCGCGGAUCUAUGUUCUACGGCAGGAAAGGUCUUCCCAUCGCCGUCAUCUCCGUGAUUGAUCUCGCCCUCUGGGAUCUCGUUGGCAAGAUUCGCAAUGAGCCAGUGUACAAGCUCAUCGGCGGAGCCACCCGCUCCCGCCUAGACUUCUACUGCACAGGACCUCAACCUGCCUCUGCAAAGAAAGCGGGUUUCGUCGGCGCAAAGGUUGCUCUUCCUCACGGGCCGGACGAGGGAGUCGAAGGACUUGUCAAGAACAUUGAAUACCUCCGCAAACAGCGCGAGAGCGUUGGCCCUAACUUCCCCCUCCGUGUCGACUGCUAUAUGUCCCUGAACGUCCCCUACACCAUUGAACUAGUCAAGCGCGCCGAAGCCGAGGGCCUGCACAUCGACUGGUGGGAGGAAUGUCUCACCCCCGACGACUUUGACGGCCACGCCCUGCUCAAGCGCGCCCAUCCCACCGUCAAGUUCACCACCGGCGAACACGAGUACUCCCGCUUCGGCUUCCGCAAGCUGGUCGAGGGCCGCAACAUCGACAUCAUCCAGCCCGACGUCAUGUGGCUCGGCGGCCUGACGGAACUCCUCAAGGUAUCUGCCCUUGCUGCCGCAUAUGAUAUCCCUGUAGUCCCUCAUGCCUCCGGCCCUUAUUCCUACCACUUCGUCGUCUCGCAGCCCAACACCCCGUUCCAGGAAUACCUCGCCAACUCGCCUGAUGGCCACACCGUCGAGCCAGUUUUCGGUAACCUCUUCGUCAACGAACCAAUCCCUACAAAGGGCUACCUGGACGUCUCUAUCCUCGACAAGCCGGGCUUCGGUCUAGAACUUAGCCCAUCUGCUCCUCUGAUCCCUGCCACAUCAGUCCUAAACCCCGCCCCCGCUAGAAGCCUUGCUCCACCGGCCACAGAACAAGAUAAGACUGGAACCAACGGCGCAUCUCAUUAA